GGCCACCUACGCCAACGCUGCCGGUAGGUUUGAUAAAUCUCUUCUUGUUCAAAUGCACUGUCAAUAUCUCACAUUCAUCGCCUCUUUAGCCCUUGAUCGCCGUGACGACGCACAAUGUAUCAGCUACAACAACAACUGCGGUGAGCUCCAAGCCGCCGUGCAGUGUGAAACCCGUACGCUUGAAGAUUACGACUGCGGAUGGGCCACGCAGAAGCAGGGAGGUGAAACCGUUACACACCGCAUGGGUUACUGUGUCGCUUGCGAUGGGAAGCAAAUCAAAACCAACCACGCAAUCCACGAUGUGCCCAUGUUUGACGUGACCUCCGCGUUGCAUGCGCCUGAAGGGUUCAUUAAGGCCGUUGAGAACGCCUGUGCAGCCGCAUGUCCGCAGCAAGGAUGGAGCAUCAGAGAUGAAAGGGUAAAUGGACCUUCCAUCGCGGGGUGCGCCUGCUUGCCCAGCGGCCGCUUCGCUGACUUGAGCUCGCAAUUUGCGCGUCUCGGCUGGCACAAGGAUGCCCCGGUCCAGAAACCUACGACGACUGCCGUCGAAGAGCCCACUACCGCCGUCGGAGAGCCCACUACCGCCGUCGGAGAGCCUACUACCGUCGUUGAGGAGCCCACUACCGUCGUCGAGGAGCCCACUACCGUCGUCGAGGAGCCCACAACCGUCGUCGGAGAGCCCACUACCGUCGUCGAAGAGCCCACUACUAUCGUCGAGGUGCCCACUACUAUAGUCGAGGAGCCCACUACCAUCGUCAACGAGCCCACUACCGUCGUCGAAGAGCCCACUACUAUCGUCGAGGAGCCUACUACCAUUGUCAACAAGCCCACGACCGUCGUCGAGGAGCCCGUAUCUACUUCCACUGGUGAGACCAUCGAGACCAUUGUCGUCACCGCUCCCGCACACCAGGAUGAACCCGUCAGCGGUGAAACCAAGUUGGUUGCUGCGGCUGCCAGCAUUGGCUUCGGCGUCGUCAGCGCCCUGUUGUUGAUCUGAGAUUGUAGAGAUACCAUGGACCCCGUUUGUUUUUCUCUUGUCCUAGUUCAUUGUUAUCGGCCGUAGUACUUUCGGCCGUGGGACCUCAUUCGCUUAGAAGUGAUCGAGAUUGUGCAUAGGAAUGUUCUCAAUAGAUUGUAAGAGACUAGACCUUACACAAAAUACAUAUACCAUUCUUUGCUCUUCAAAUGCCGUGGCGUUCCUGUGCUGUGGUCGCUGUCGUGAGCGUGUCGGAGUG